AUGGUCCAUCAUGUAGCGAUACAACGGUCGCCAAUCGUUACACCUGUGCAGCAUGCCCACACCACUGGCGCCGUGGAGGGUGUCGGUGUCGAUUUCGUCGACUUCGAGGGUGGCGUCAGCCCUGCAGAGGGUGGACUGAACGAGAUAGCGGAGACAGUGCUGGAUGUGGUGCUCCAUACUGCUACCGGUGACGAAGCCGACGCGUAUGAUGUCGAGACAAUGCAGUUGGUGGAUCAUGCUAAUCUGGAAAGUGCGAUUUGCGGGGCCAACCUUGGAGAAGCCGUCGGUGGGAAAGAGUGUGCCCCACUCGUCGUCGUCGUGCAACAACCAGUGCGGCGCGCCAUCCUCAUGCACGUGCGCGAUAGGUGGGAGAUGGACGGCGAGCUGUGCGGGGAAGUCGUCGCCGAUGUAGCCUGGGGCGGGAGCGCUGCUUUGAAAAUCCGUGCUCCCGAGAUUCGCCGCUACACACAAAGACCCAUCAUGUCGAAAUAUGAGCUCCUCGGUCAGGAUGAGUUCACGGCUGAUACUCCCGUCGCGGAGAAACCGGUCGUUCACAAAGCACCCUCACGAUUUCCGCUAGCUGCUUCACCACUUACCGUCAUAAUUAUUCUUUCCCUCAUCCUCGCGGCGAACAUCGCCUGUUGGGUGUACACCACGAGGGAGGUGAACACCAUAGUCAGAGCGCUGCAUGCGGCCCACCUUGACCUCACGGACACGCGCGAAUUGCCGCGUUCCCGCUCGGAGGGAGGGUUCUGGGAGUUGUAUUGA